AUAAACUCGAAACUAGUAGAAGAACUCUAGCGCGAUGACGACGUAAAGGUUUUUGCAGACCCGCACCUCCCCCUGAGCCUGGAACAGCGGCCGGACUCAGAGACGGGAGUAUGUCGUUGAUACUGUGCCCGAAAACUCCAAAAGAUCCUUGACCCCAGGCCCUGAGCUCAACGAUCGGGAGCGAUGUGGCCGGGUCGGGGAUCGCAAACAGACACGGCACAGUUGCCUGAAAAGGCGACCGGAGUCCACCUCGCCCCAUACACACGCCUUCGAGCUGCGAAGCGGCGCUGCAACGUUCCUGGCCUCCUCAGCUGCUUUAGCAUCUCUAACUUCGGGAUGAGGACAACCAGCAGGUAAUAGCCACCCUACAGUGCAGCAUGGCGUCACAACUUCCACGGCGAAUCAUUAAGGAAACCCAGCGAUUGAUGGCCGAGCCAGUUCCGGGGAUAAGCGCCGUGCCCGACGAGCAGAAUGCCAGAUACUUUCACGUGGUGGUCACAGGUCCUGAAGGCUCGCCAUUUGAUGGAGGUGUAUUCAAGCUAGAACUGUUCCUGCCCGAAGAGUACCCGAUGUCGGCGCCUAAAGUUCGUUUCAUGACAAAAAUCUACCACCCGAACAUCGACAAGCUAGGCAGGAUCUGUCUUGACAUUCUUAAAGACAAGUGGUCGCCGGCGCUACAGAUCCGAACCGUGCUGCUCUCGAUCCAGGCGCUGCUCAGCGCGCCCAACCCGGACGAUCCGCUCGCCAACGACGUGGCCGAGCUGUGGAAGUGCGACGAGGCGGAGGCGAUCCGGAACGCGCGCGACUGGACCCGACUGUACGCCAUGGGCGGCAACUGAGGCAGCCGUGCCGGCCCGAACUAGCAACCGAUUGGACGGAGGCGAGCGCGACCCUCGGCGGAUGGCCGUCAGGGGCGCAGUACCGGGGGUAAGACUGCUGGAUCUGGGGUGACCGGGGACCCGCUGGGGCGCCCCAUCCGGCCCGGUGCCGCGAUGGAGUCUGCGCUGCCGAGAGGCCCUGCCCCCGUAAUUGUCCGGCGCGCGCCCGUCUCCACGGUCGGAACUGUGCUAACCCCGUCACAUUCCCGGUGUCACGGUACCGACUCCCCGCCUGUGAUAGGGCGGCCCGACCAGCCCGCCGCGCCGCAGGCACCACCUCCGCCGCCGACCGGUCACAACCAGUGUGUAACGGUGGCGCCGCCUGGGCUGAGAGCGGACCGCCCGCAGUGGCAUUAUUUGCGUAUUGUCCGGCCUGACGUGCGCCGCCAGUCCGCUGGAAGACCGGUUUUUUAUUUGUCUGGCAGCCGUGCUUAUCAGCCAGCCGUUUUCACAGCUGAGCGUUUCACGUCGGGGCGGGAUUUUAACGUCUGAUGUAUCAUGUUUCGCCGUAGGUGGAUGUCCUAUCCAGACCGUGGAGAAGUGGCUGAAUAAUUUGAAUGCGAAGCUUAGUGAAUGGACCGUUCUGACGUUAUGUACCUAUCCAAUAUACAUUAUACAUACGUGUACUUACAUGAA